GUUCAGACCUUUUGUGGAAACACCCACGGGAUACAAAAGAGUAUAUAUAUAUUAUAAAGAUUUCACAAUAUUCAAGGAGGAAUAACCCCUCAUUAACAAGCUACACAAAAUGGCCUACAAGUGGGUGCAAUCCUCGGCCUACUCCUCCCUUCCCGAGGAGGCAGUGGUGGGCGGAAACGAUGAGGACGGCGCCAUGAUUUAUGUGGGCAGGGCGGAGCACGAGGGCGACAUGCUGGUGUGCAAGGUGGUGCCCAGCAAGCAGCUGGGAUUCAUUUCGCAGCGAGGAGAGGCCCUGCCCAAGGACAUCUUCGAGGUGCUGUGCGGUCAGAAUCUGGUGUGGAUCAAGUGCUACGAUCAUGUGAUUCCCGAGAACGCAAUCCUCUGUGGCCGCACUUCGCUGGACCAGCCGGUGUACAUUGGUCGUGGCCAUUACGAGGGUCACCUGAUCAUCGGCAAGAUCUCCUCCGUGCAUCGGGCUCUGUUCAUCGCUUUCCGCGGGGCCGAACGUCGCCUAGAUUCCUAUGAAAUUCUGGUGGAGGAGCGAAGAGUGGUGCCGGGUUGGCAGCUGCCCCCUCCUCCUCCUCUAGAAGAGCCGGAAAAGUGCCCGCUCACUCCGCCGCCACCACCUUCUCCACCAGCAAUGGCUCCUCCGCUGUCCGCCAAACCGUAUCCCUAUCCGAAUUUGGCGGCCAUGCCUUUUCCCAUCUCUGACAGGCCUCCAGCCUAUACACCCACGCCGGAUCCACUGCCUCCGGUUGGAGGUGUGAUGGUUAUGCCACGCCCCACACCACCACCACCGCCUGCUGGUGGUGUCCUGGUAAUGCCACCCCCCCAACCAACACCACCGCCUGCCGGAGGUGUCCUGGUGAUGCCCCCACCUCCACCAUCUUUCACCCCCGCAGAGGUUUCCGUGGCUCCAGUACCUUCAUUCGUUGCCGCUGAGGUCUCAGCCGUGUCCAUUCCCGCGGGACCAUCAUUUACUCCCGCUGCCACCUACAAUCCCUACGAAGCCGGCUACUCCUCCUACACUCCGGCUGAAUGUGCAGGACCUUCGGCCUACGAUGCCUACAGCUAUGGCAACAACUACGAUGUGUGGAUAACCGCUGAACCGGGCUUCUACUACUCCGACGAUGCUGUGAUUGGAGGCUAUGACAGCAAUAUGUCGCAACUGUUGGUGUGCAGAGCCUAUUAUCGGGGUGUCCACGUUCCGGGAAAGGCGAUUCCCAGCCAGGGAUGUGCCUAUAUUGCCCACGGAGGGCGGGAGAUUGUGGAGCCCUCGUAUCAAAUGUUGGUGGGCAAGGAUAAGUACCACUGGGUGCCCUCCUACGGCGGCAACGUUCCACCCGGAGCUGUAGUUGCUGGAAGGAAUCCCGCCGGAGAACCACUUUACAUUGGAAGGGGUCGCUACCUCGGAAGCUUGAUUCCCGGCGUGAUUGAGUCCUAUAACCGCUGCCUGCAGAUUCCAUUCGGAGGUCAGGAGAUCCGGCUGAGCAGCUACGAUGUUCUGGUUAGGAGCGACAUUUUCCACGGACAGCAGGCCAUUCGCCUGGUUUACUAAAGUGAACCCUAAUAAUCCCAUUCAUUUCGAGAAAUUCAAAAGCAGCUAAAUGGAAACAAAGUUUUACACUAUUAUUUUAAUAUUUCCACUUUUACACUUUUUGAAAGCAGCUAAAUGUAACUUUAUACACUGUUAUUUUAAUAUUUACACUUUUACACUUUUUGAAAGCAGCUAAAUGUAACUUUAUACACUGUUAUUUUAAUAUUUACACUUUUUGAAAGCAGCUAAAUGUACCUUCUUUCUUUUACAUUAUAAUGCAAUUUAUAUUAUAAUUAUUUAUAUGUACAUUAUACAUAUCAAAUUUAGAUGCUAUUCAUCUAUUAAAACUUUCCUUCUAUUUGUAAUAUAUUUUCAAAACUUUCCAAGCGCAGCUACCUCUGUAAAAACCAAAGUCUAAACCUCUACCAAAAAACAUGAUUAUAAAUGUAUAUAAUUAUUUAUUAAAUAAACAUAUUUAUUAUUAUUCAGUUUAUUAUGCACUAAUUAUAUUUAUUCACUUUUAAAGUUGCAAUAAACAUGUUUUCACUGUA